UCCUCCUCACAAGGCGCUCUUUAAGCUCCGGUGUUGCCACACAGAGCAGCCAUUCAUCGGCUCUACAGUCAUCCACACACACUCCCAUGUUGAACCACUGGACAUCUAAAUUGGUGUAGGCUAACCGCUUUUGCUGAAACGGAUUUCCAGCCGACGAAGGAAAGGAUUUGGACACCUUUACGCAGCAGUAUGGCUUUGCCCGAGAAGAGUCAGCAAUAACUGGGAUCUUCGUAGACAUCAGACAUCUUAUUCAAUUUAACGAAUCAAUUACAUUGAAUCGUUUGAACUCUCUCUAAAACUAAUUCUGCAUUCGCGGGUUGUCUUGCCAUUAGUUGAAAGUAAAAAAAAAAAUAUGUCCGGAGAGGAGCACAGCCUGUCCGAGGCGGAACUGAGUCCCGGAGGGUCAGACGAUGGUCACUCACUGUCACCGACUCAACCCGGAGCGCCACCCCGCCAGGACUCACCUCUGACCGGGCCGCCGCAGCAGCUGACCUCGCUCUGUGUCGCGGAUGGUAGCGAGGAGGAUGGAGGCGAUACAGCCAAAUCGGAGAUGGAGGACGAUCGCUUCCCGAUCGGCAUCAGGGAGGCGGUCAGUCAGGUGCUGGACGGAUAUGACUGGACACUUGUGCCUAUGCCGGUGCGCGUCAACAAUGGAAACAAAGCUAAGCCCCACGUCAAGAGGCCCAUGAACGCUUUCAUGGUGUGGGCGCAAGCGGCGAGGAGGAAACUGGCCGACCAGUACCCUCACCUGCACAACGCGGAGCUCAGCAAGACCCUGGGCAAACUGUGGAGGCUGCUGAACGAGAGCGACAAGAGGCCAUUCAUCGAGGAGGCGGAGAGGCUGAGAAAACAGCACAAGAAGGACUACCCGGAGUACAAGUACCAGCCCCGAAGACGCAAAAACGGUAAACUAGCUACUGCUAGUGAGUCUGACAGCCAGGGGGAAGGGGAGGCCAGCCACUCCCAGUCACACUACAAGACCCUUCAUCUGGAGCACAAUGGCGGGGCUGGUUCUCCCCUGGGUGACCUGCACCACCACCACCAUCACCACCACCAUCCUGCUGGUCAGGGUCACAGCCCACCCACGCCCCCCACCACCCCAAAGACAGAGCUCCAGUCUGGGAAACUGUCAGAUGCCAAGAGGGAAGGGGGAGCAGGAGCGUCCGGAGGAUCAGGGGGGUCCAGGGGAUCCCUCGGGGUGGGAGCUGAAGGAGCAUCCGGUGGUCCGUCAUCAUCGAGUGCUAAACCCCACAUCGACUUUGGCACCAUGGACAUCGGCGAGAUCAGCCACGAGGUGAUGUCCAACAUUGAGCCGUUUGACGUAAAUGAGUUCGACCAAUACCUUCCUCCAAACGGCCACCCGCAGAGUGGAACCGGGGCCCCUGCAGCUGGAUCUUCUGCCUCGUCAUACGCCUACGCCCUGGCUGCUGCCAGCGGGCACUCCGCGUGGCUCUCCAAACAACAGCAGCAGCCUCAAGCCUCUCCGUCUUCCUCCGACCCCUCCAAGGCCCAGAUCAAGAGUGAGUCUGUGGCUGGGAGCCACUACGCAGAGGCCUCAUCCUCUCCCUCGUCAGGCACCCAUGUCACCUACACCCCGCUCAGCCUCCCUCAUUAUGGCUCUGCUUUCCCCUCGCUGGCCUCUAGGGCUCAGUUCGAGUACGCAGAGCACCAGGCCCCCGGGGCGUACUAUGCCCACUCCAGCCAGGCCCCGGGGCUGUACUCAGCCUUCUCCUACAUGGGCCCUACACAGAGGCCUCUGUACACUACCAUAGGAGACCCCUCCAGCGUGGCACCCUCUCACAGCCCCACGCACUGGGAGCAGCCUGUUUACACCACACUCACAAGACCUUGAGACCUUGAGGGAGACCAGCUGAGCAGAGGGAAUAUAUGGGAAGUGUGUGAGUGGAUCUGUGUGUCUGUGGGUGUGCAAGUAUGUAAGCGUGUGAUUGUGUAUGUGUGUGUGUGUGUGUGUGUGUGCGCCCGUGCCAUAUUGAUGUUAUAUUAGAGGUUUUUACUUUUUUAGCCAAUAUAAUGCAAGAUGCAUCCAAGGGGCCUUACACAGUUAAAAACAGCCACAGACUCGCACAAUAUAAAGUGUGAAAAAUGAAUGGAUCAACUGCCAAUCAAAAAUUAAAUAAACCUUAACAAAUGUGUGCCAUCAUAAAUUUAUAAGUUGGGAUGUACAGCAAGUUUGUAUACAAGAGUUAGACGAGUGAGAUACUGAGAGUGAACAGAUGUUGCAUUGAUGAGUGACUCUGAUUUGACCUAGACACGACAGGUUCAGACUGACAUAAUCAGAUUUUAUUAACCAAACUAAAGCAGAUGUUUUUUUGAUGUUAUUGUGUUAUUUUAUAUGAGUAGUAAGUUUAUUGUCAUUGUUGAUAUCCUCGGGUGUAACUUUAUUGUGACUGAUUUGACAUUACACUAAUAGCCUACAUCUGCACCACUGCUUUGGGAAAAGCAUGUUUUGUUUCAAUAAGAUGUUCCCUGGGGUUGUUUUUUUUCGUGGCCAGAAAAGGAAAGUUGCAACCUUUUUUUCUUUGUAGAUAGCACACUCUGUAUUUCUGUUCUGUAAUUACAUUGACUUCACUGAACUGAAGAAUUAAGCAUUUAAGGGGAAAAUAGGAGAAAGAGAGGGAAAGAGAGCUCUUAAAGAUGUAUUUCAGCCUAACACGUAGUCUUGGACACAUACCUCAACUCUAUUCAUUUUGUGCCAAUAGCAAAGGAGAAAUACGACACUGAAUACCUUAUCAAAUAAUGACGAAGGUUUUCAAAAAUGUAGAGCAGUAAACCUCUGUGUCUUCUUCCUUUUUGCUUUUUAAGUGCCUAACAUUUUGCUGAUUUGCAUCUGAUUUUUCCAAUAACGGAGUUAAAAUCUAUAAGUACAAAGUCUCAACCAAAUCUCUUUAGAUAAUUGGCCAGCUUUGGGUCCUACUUAAGGAUUAGAAUCACAUGUACGCCCGCUCUGCACUGCCUGUAGACCAAAAGCAUGUUUUCGUCUCUACAGGUUUUUUUUCCUACAUUGUGGUCAAAUAGCCCUCUUCCUCUUCAGCAAUGUGAAUAAUGGUCAUUACCACAGGCUUCACCUUUAUUAUGUGAUGCAUACGUUAUCAUUUUAUACUGACCCUCUUACCAUGUAGUUAUUAUUUUUAUGUAAGUAAUAAUGCAUUGUGUGUCACACCUUUGCUUCUUCCAUUUUGUAUAAUUCUGGAUAGUUUUGUAAAGUGUUUGCUAUAUUCACUUAAGUAUUUUGCUUCCAUACAAGAAAAGCAAUGUUGAAAUUUUAUUGUUGUCAUCUAUUAA